CAAACCAUGCGGCUAUUUGUUGCCUUUCUCUGGCUUGCUAUCUUUUUUGCCGAUGUUUGUAGAGCUGGAAUGACAUGGGCUGAAAAUGUCGAACAAGGUAGCUCCGAUUCCGAAUUCUGGGCGACAUCUGAAACUUCUGUGUCUGAAAACUUGGAUACGGAUGUGGCCUUAAUGACAACGUCCCCAACCAGGACGCAUGAAGCGACAAAACGCCUCCAAUAUAUCAAAGACUUGCUCCUCAAAAAACUUGGUAUGAAACAGCCUCCGGCAUUGAACGUACCAAUGUCGAUUCCAUCUAAUCUGCAAGACGUACUGCUAUCCGAAACUCAAAACGAUCAUCCAGCAGAGAAGCUAGAUGAACCAGGGCACUUUUUCGCUGAAACGAAAAAAGUGAUCAGCAUUGCAAGAACACGACCCAACACAUCCGACUGUUGUUUCUUCAAAUUUACACCGGAAGUUCGCCAGAAUAAAAUUGCGAGCGCGUAUCUGUGGGUGUAUGUACAACCCAGUAAAACCAUCCAAGAUACUGCAGCAUUGCUGAGAAUUUAUGGGUGGAGGCAGCAGACAGAAAACUCAGCGAUGCCGAAAUAUCUUCUUAACGAAACCAAAAUAGACACGCGCCGCCGUUCUGGAUGGAUCUAUUUUAACAUCAAAAAUACUGUUCAGCACUGGCUCGGGGAACCAUCCACUAACCGGGGAAUAGAAAUUGUGAGUCCAAAUACCAUGGAUUUGGUAGUAACAGGACCAAUUGAAACUGGCAAUAACCAGUUACCCUAUCUGGAAAUACAGACUUCACAACGUGGACACAUUAGAAGUAAACGUUCUGCAGUUCAAGACUGUCCAAAGAACGGAGAAGUUGAACAAUGUUGUCGUCAUCCAUUAGAAGUGAACUUCAAAAAUGAUGGCAUGGAGUAUGUCGCUGCACCCAAGACGUAUGACGCCUACUAUUGUACCGGCGAAUGUAACAUUCGUUCGAAUGCCUACUCAUUACUGUUAUCGCUACGCGGUAUUGAACAAUGCUGCAAUCCUUUGCAAAGGGAGGCCAUAACAAUAAUCUACUACACAGACAGCUACACACUCAAGAAAGCUAGGAUUAACGACAUGGUUGUAAACAAAUGCGAAUGUUCUUAAAGCGGGGGAGUCGCCCCCUCGCAUGUGCGGAAAACGGCCAUAGCGUGUCGUUGUUUACAAACCAGCGUCUACCCACGAGCCUUUGCGUUAUUAGCGUGCGUUGUUAUCGUCACCUGGGACUCGAUUCCCGCGCGUGCGCAGGUGAUGACCCUUCCGCUUUAAAUUAGGGCUGAAUAACGACCAGGAGAUACUAUUAUAGGAGAUUUAAGUAGUUCAUGUUGUUUUUAAAGAGAAUAUCCCACCGAAUAUGUAUUAUUAAGUUGUCUUACUUUUUCUUAAGUUAAUCUAGCAUUGAUACGGCACAUAAACUACCACGUUAUCUAUAUCUAAGCUUUCAGAUGAUAUAUAGGCUGUAAUAUAGCAUGCUUAUUAACUUUGAGAGAAUGUCUGUAUCAAACCUGGAAAUACGCGAGCUGCAUCAUAACUUUAGGAUUUACUUUAUACAUACUCGAGGUGGUUUAAAUUUUCUACUUUUCGUGAAUAUUUGUUUAUGACUGAUAUUAUCUAUAUUAUCUAUAUAUCUAUUAUCUAUAUAUCUAUUAUCUAUAUCUAUAUCUAUAUCUAUAUACUAAAUUUGAUGUCAUCGUAAUUUGCAUAUUCUGAAUCAACCCAUCUGAUCAGCUCAUAUGUCGCACUUGUUUUAAUGUCAAGUGUUCCCGAUAAUAUAUAUAUUUCAACCUAGAUUUAUUGUGAUUAAACGCCGGCGUUUCCUAAUACCAGUAAGCUGAAUCAGUUGCUUGAUAAUAUACGAAACUAUAAAAUGAUAAAUGAGAUGGUAUAUGCCUUGGAUGGUGUGUUGGUGUGUAUCGUAAAGCAUAACUAUGAGUCGCUGUUUACAGCUGACAUCAAACCCCACUUUGCAUUCUGGGAAAUACACAGAAGCACUCAUAUAUAAAUUGUACUAAAUUACUUUCAAGGCAUUUGAUUGAAUACUGGUUUAGAAAACUGCACAAUAUACUCGUAUUACGAGUCAAAGAUAGAUUAUAUGUGGCAAUCUGAUGAGCUAAGUUUGUACAUCGUCGACAUGGACUUUCUGCUACUACCCUGCCAUAAUUAGUGUAUUACUAAGGUGACGUUUAUGCGUCGCUUCCAGCCAGCCAACAUGAAAUUCCCAAAACUACAUUAUCUACUACAACCAUGUAUAGCAAUUCGUCGAGGCCCGCAUCUUGCCGAGCUAGAAAUGAACAGUAAUGCAAUGAACAGUAAAAUACUGUCACACCACCUCGAGGGCCAUUUUAAAAAUACACUUAAUAUUUACGCAAUAAUAAUAAUGCAUUCCAAAAUAUGAAUAUGAAUAUUCUUGGUGAAAUUAACAUAUUUGAUAAUGACGUGUUCUAAAUCAACUUGUCGUUUUCUGUCACUGAUAUGUA